CGCCAGGGUCAGAGUUGACAGGAGUGUGGCGGCUAAGCUAAGCUAACUGCAACCAUCGCAACUAGCUACAUGUGGAGGGUAAAACGGGAGGCAUCCCCGACCCCAACUCUGUCUAAAUCCUUACUUUUUACCCCAAAACAACUCUAAAGUUUAGCCUCAUCGAAAAUAAGGGAUAAUAUCUGUUUAAAAUGAAAGGUAGCCGGAUCGAGCUGGGGGAUGUUACGCCCCACAACAUUAAGCAGCUGAAACGCCUGAACCAGGUCAUCUUCCCUGUCAGCUACAACGACAAGUUUUACAAAGAUGUGCUGGAAGUCGGGGAGCUCGCAAAGCUAGCAUACUUCAAUGACAUUGCAGUGGGAGCUGUGUGCUGCAGAGUGGACCACUCUCAGAACCAGAAGAGACUGUAUAUCAUGACACUUGGCUGUCUAGCACCCUACCGUAGACUUGGAAUUGGUACAAAGAUGCUUAAUCAUGUGCUAAACAUCUGUGAGAAGGAUGGCACAUUUGACAACAUUUACCUUCAUGUGCAGAUCAGCAAUGAGUCAGCCAUUGACUUUUACCAGAAGUUUGGCUUUGAAAUCAUCGAGACAAAAAAGAAUUACUACAAGAGGAUAGAGCCUGCAGAUGCCCAUGUGUUGCAGAAGAGCCUGCGCAGUCCAUGUGCACCCCCCAGCGGAGAGCUUCAGAAGUCAGAGUAGGGGCACAGCGUUUGGCAAGAGCACAUAUGUGCCCGCCUCCACAGAAACAGAACUGUGACAAAAGCCCCAGGGUCGACACAUUCAACACUUUCUUCAAAGGACGCUAAAAAGAGAAAACAAAUUUCAAGUAUAAAAAAUUGCUGCAUUUAUUUUGCAAAGGGGUCCCCUAUGAUUUUUUGCAUCUUUUAUUGCUCCCGUUUCUUCAUACAGUGAAUUGAAAACGACUAAAAGUUCAAAAAAAAAAAAAGUGCUCCGAUCAACAAAGUUGCCAACUUCAGACAGUUUUAGACUUGGUGGAGGGGGGAGGGUGUUGUGUUUGCAAAUCAUACUGUUUGUGUUUGAGUUGUUUUUAUGCGGUUAUUAAAGCUAACAGGGGACAUAUCUAUUCAGUUGUGCAAAAGAAAACAGUUGGUUUGAAGCGGUAAAAGUGUUUGAAAGACCAUCACCGACACACACGGUCCCAGCUGUGUCAGUUUGGAGUGAUAGUUGGAGUUGUUAUGUGGAUCAGACGCAACUUCAUUACUCACUGCCUGAACCCUGGGAUUCAUGGGAAAUGAGCCUGACCAGGUUGUUAAGUCCAGAGGGGUAAAAGCAGAAAUGUCUCCCCCUCACUACGGGCAUGAGGAAAGCUGAACGGUUUUGUGGUGGUGGGAGGACGUGGACACCACUCUUAAUUUCUGAAUAACUUUAUUUUCCAGCCUGUUAAUUUAAUUCCCCCUCAACUGUCCUAUCAUUUUUAUUUUUCACAUUGAGAUGGCAAAUGGUUCAGAGGUUCUCCUGGGUUUACUACAAAUAUUAAAAAAUAUUAAUUAGUGAGGAAACUAAAACUAUUAUAUUGAAUGUGUCUGAGAGAAGGGGCACUACACAUUGUCUUGUGAGGGAUGUCUUAAUAACAGAUUUGGCUGUUUGGAAUUGAAUUUGGGCAUUAUUUUCAGUAGUUUACUGAAGGUGCGUGAGGAUUUUUUGUCUCUAAACAUGUGGAAGUGUCUUGAGACAUCUUACCUUAAACACCUUUGGCACUUUAUGUAGCCAUCUUUCAAAAAAUGUUCUUCUCAUACUUCCUGCCUCAGUCAGCUUCUGUUGUUACACUUUUGUCUGGUUUGGAAGCUCAGCUGCUGGUUUGGAUGUUCCUGGUAUGAUCUCUUUCACAGUGUAUAACCCAGAGGAAGCUCUGAUCCCUCUGCAUGCAAGGAGAGUUGUGUCCUCUCCACUGUAGUAUACGCAUGUUUUCCUUUCUUUGAAGAAUUUUAUCUUUUCUGGAGCUCUAUAUUGUAAGACUUUUUAACGUCUAAAUAAAGGAAUUACUAUUUGCAGUAAAUGUC